AGUCUAGUCUUGGUGUGUACGACGUGCAGUUGUAGUUUUGUGUACGUGGGGGAAAGCUGAUUUGGGUGAAAGUGUGCAUAAAAUCGAAUUGUAUACUCAUCGAACGGCUGGAGAAAGUUGUUUGGAAAAUACCAAUAAUCCGCUAAUUUGUAUAAUAAUUAUCAUUUAAGCGAAAUGAGAAGAGUUCAUUCUUAUUAUUUAUGAAACUUAUUGAGAUUUUUACGUUUUCCGCAGCUAGGGAAAGUUGAUUUGGGUGAAAGUGCAGAGUUUACUGGAGAAAGUUGACUCUAAAAUAGUAAUAAUCGGCUAAUUUGCAUAAUACGUAUAAUUACACUUAAGUGAAAUUAUGUAGAAGAGUUUAUUAAAGGAAACUUGCUGAGAUUUAUGGAUAUUAAGGAGUUUUUACUGCAGUAAUUAGGCUUUUAGUCCGGACGACCUCGACUGACAAUUAAUGUUAAACGCUUCUGCUAAAUAUCAAUAUUCUGAUACUCUUCCAGCACUGCUAUUAAUUUAAUGAGAAUAAUUGCAAUUAAUUUAUGCAAAUAUGAGUGAUUAAUUGGCAUGUGUCAAUGUGGAGGUGGACGAAAAGGUCAUAUUUCUCGAGUCACUAGGUCAUGACGUUACAUGUAAAACGGUGAAAGGGUUAAAUUAAUUUUGGGAAUUUUGGGAAGAUUUGGGGAACUUUGGGGAAUUUUGCAUAUGUAGAAUUUUGCAUUGUUUCUCGAUCAAAUCAUUGGAUUUAAUAUGUAAUGAGUCCAUUAAUUUAGGCUACAUUUCACUGCUGAUAACUGAGCAAAUAUAAAAUCUAUGAGGCCUUAAAGUAUACAAAACUUUGGGGUCAAAGGGUCAAAAAUUAGGUCUUCACACGUGUAUACUGAGCAGGAAAUUAGUGAGAGAUUAAUUAAUUAAAUAAAAAAUAUGAAUGUAAAAAAGUGUAACUUUUGUUGCGGGGAUGGGGCCGCCAUUCGGAGUAAAUUUCGUACCGUGGUGCUAUGGCUGAUGGUUCUUUUUCUUACGACGCUGUUCACCCUUCUGUUUAUCAUGUGUUUUAUCCACUUUCUAAAAAAUAACCACUCUCCACCCAUCGUGCCCAAUGAUUUGCAAGAUUACAGCACGACGAAAUCGAUCUACUUUCUCUUAUCCUUCUAUUUCCUCCUUUGGACCGUGGUCUACUUCGGGUGCACCAUUUCCACCGUGAUUCCUCGGCGAGCCGAACACCUCCAUCCACACCCGCACCCACACCCCUCCUCCUCCGAUAAGCCCGGAAAAGCCUUGCUUAUCGUGCUCCUCAUCCUCCUCGCCAUCAUAACGAUGCUGCUCUGUACGAUCGACCGGGUGUACUCUCCUUGGAUUGUCAACUUCCUGAACGGGAAAAUCUUCUCGUAUUGCGUCCAAGUUUCCGCCCUGGUCACGCUCACCGUCGCGAUCUGCUACAUUUUCGCCAUCGCGACCAGGACACUUUGCUCAUCCAAGAAGGCCGGAGGGGUGACCACCAUCAUUUCCGGUGGACAGCAGACGAGUCACCACGUGACCAUCCGAAGUGAUGACAUGAAUAAUAAAAGUUCCUUUGCGAAUCCCUGUUACAAUGUGGAGUUCUCGAUUUCGGAGGGGAUUGAGCUACUGGGAGGAGGGGGAGGGGGAGGGGAGGGGUUACGACCCGGGUGUAAAUGUGAAUUGACUGAGGUGGAAAUAUACUCGGGAGGGGGAUUUUUUAGUGGGGGGAUGGGGUUAGUUUAAUUAUUGACUGAUGGGUUUGGUGGAAAUGUGUGUAUACUCUGUUUUUUUUGGGGGGGAUUUUUGUGGGGGGUUAGUUUUAGUUUAUUUACAAGUAGAAGUAUUAAUUGUCUCUGUCAGUAUUGUAAUUUUUUGAGGGUAAAAUAUGUAUGUAUGUAUGUACUUUGCAUAAAUUAUGUAUGCGAGGUGUGUGGAAUUGAUGUAAAUGAGUAAAUUAUGUAUGUAAUAAAUAGGAAAAGGAUGAGAUUACACAUAAAUGGAUGUCA